CGAUCGGUGCGAUCAGUGUGGAAUGGGAGUUCCGUCAACGCGGUUGUGAAAAUAUGAUUGCCUUGUUGCUGGUUCUGGCCUUGAGUGCGCUGCUGCACUGGCUCUACAGGGCCAACAAGGAUUACCACGUUCUGUCUUUCUUCACCAAAAGAAUCCGGUCGAAAGAUGGAACCCCUGUGGAGAUCAUCGCUCCCUCGCCAAAAGGCAAAACCAUAUUCGGCAACACCUUCGACUUGUAUGGACGCGAUCACGCUGGUGUUUUCAAUCACUCGCGUGAGCGUGCUAAGGAAAUGGGUACUAGCUACAUAGAAUAUGCCUUUGGAACUGCGAUUUAUAACAUUAUCGAUGCGGACAGCGCGGAAAAUGUAAUGAAUCAUCCCAAUCUCAUAACCAAGGGGCUCGUCUACAACUUCCUACACCCAUUCUUAAGGACGGGUUUGUUGACAUCGACUGGCAAAAAAUGGCAUGCUCGCCGCAAGAUGCUCACCCCGACAUUUCAUUUCAACAUAUUGAACCAGUUCCAGGAGAUCUUUAAAACGGAGAGUCAAAAGUUCCUGCAACAAUUCGAGGGUCAAGAUGAGAUAACCAUAUCGUUACACGAAGUUAUUCCAAGAUUUACUCUAAACAGUAUUUGUGAAACCGCCAUGGGUGUAAAGCUGGACGAGAUGGCCGAGAAGGGGGAUCGAUACCGGGAGAACUUCAGUCAGAUUGAAGAAUGCUUUAUUCGUCGCUUGAGUAACCCGCUUUUCUGGGGCGACAAGCUCUUCAACAUAUUUGCUGCUAAGGACUACGCCUCCGCCCUCGAUGUGGUCCAUGGAUUUUCCAGCGAGAUCAUUGCCAAACGGAGAGUUUUGCUUAAGGAUGAGCUCGACAAAAGUCCAAGCACCCAAACCGGUGAUGAUGAUGGAUUUGUCUCAAAGAAGAGAUUCGCCAUGCUGGACACCCUAAUCCAUGCUGAGAAGGAUGGUCUUAUCGAUCACAUAGGCAUUUGUGAGGAGGUGGACACUCUCAUGUUUGAGGGCUACGAUACGACAUCGAUUGGCCUCAUUUUUGGUCUAAUGAACAUGUCCCUGAACCCUGACAAGCAAGAAUUAUGUUUCCAGGAGAUUCAAGAGCACAUAGAUGAUGACCUAAGUAACUUGGAUGUUAGUCAGUUGAAUAAGCUCAAGUACCUGGAGUACUUCAUGAAGGAAACCAUGCGCCUGUUUCCCUCGGUACCGAUUAUGGGUCGUGAAGCCGUCCAGGAAACUGAACUGGCCAGUGGACUGAUCCUGCCAAAGGGCGCACAGAUAACCAUUCAUGUAUUUGAUAUUCAUCGCAACGCCAAGUACUGGGAUUCCCCUGAAGAAUUCCGACCGGAAAGAUUCCUACCCGAAAAUUUCAAAGAUCGUCACACCUACGCCUAUGUUCCAUUCAGCGCUGGACAAAGAAAUUGUAUUGGUCAAAAGUAUGCCAUGCAGGAGAUGAAAACGCUAAUGGUGGUCCUUCUGAAGCAGUUCAAGGUUUUGAAGGCUAUCGAUCCGCAGAAGAUUGUAUUUCACACGGGUAUAACUCUGCGCACCCAGGACAAGAUUCGCGUAAAGCUUGUGAGGCGAAAGAUCUGGAAUUUUGCAACGCUGUUUGGUCAUUUUUUUCGGUUUUUAUACCGAAAUAUACCGAUCACCCGGCGGGUGAUCAGAGAUUCAGAGAUCAGUUUCGUGGGACAGAUCCGCAGCUGCGGUUGUCUAAUAAUGUUAUUUUUGUGGCUCGUCGGAGCUUCUAUUGUGCUACUUCAAUGGAUUUAUAGGCUGAAUAGGGACUACUGCAUUCUUGGCUUCUUUGCCAAGAGAAUUCGAACCACGAAUGGACGGCCACCGGAAAGCAUUGCUCCCUUGGUAAAGGGCAGUACCAUAUUUGCCAACAGCUUCGACUUGUAUGGCAAAGAUCACGCUGGGAUUUUUAAACACUCCCGUGACUGUGCAGAAGCAUUGGGCAAAAGCUACGUGGAAUACGCAAUGGGAACGGCCAUCUACAAUAUUAUAGACGCGGAUAAUGCGGAACAUGUGCUUAAUGAUCCAAAUCUAAUAAACAAGGGAACAGUUUACUAUUUCCUUCAUCCAUUUCUGAGAACUGGUCUGUUAACAUCCACAGGAAAAAAGUGGCAUGCACGACGGAAGAUGCUUACCCCAACUUUCCAUUUCAACAUAUUAAAUCAGUUUCAGGAAAUUCUAAUAACGGAGAGUCUGAAGUUCCUACAGCAAUUCAAAGGCAAAGAUGAAGUAAUCAUCUCAUUAAACGAAGUGAUUCCCAGAUUUACUCUGAAUAGUAUUUGCGAGACGUCCAUGGGUGUUAGACUGGACGAGAUGGCCGAGAAAGGAGAUCGAUACCGGGAGAACUUCAGUCAGAUCGAAGAAUGUUUUAUUCGUCGCAUGAGUAACCCACUUUUAUGGAGCGAUUCACUCUUCAAGAUGUUUGCCGAAAAGGAUUAUGCUUCUGCCCUCGAUGUGGUCCAUGGAUUUUCAAGCGACAUUAUUGCCAAGAGGAGAGAGCAGCUAAAUGAUGAGAUGGAUAACAUACGAAACACCCAGACCGCUGAUGAUGAACUAUUUACGACUAAAAAGCGCUUUGCCAUGCUGGAUACCCUUAUUCAUGCUGAGAAGGAUGGCCUCAUCGAUCACAUUGGUAUUUGUGAGGAGGUGGACACUCUCAUGUUUGAGGGAUACGAUACUACCUCAAUUGGGCUCAUCUUUGGACUAUUGAAUAUGUCUUUAUAUCCGGAUGAGCAAGAAAAAUGCUUCCAAGAGAUUCAAGCACACAUAGAUGAUGAGUUAACCAACUUGGACAGCGGGCAGUUGAACAAAUUAAAGAACCUGGAAUACUUUAUGAGGGAAACCAUGCGCCUGUAUCCCUCUGUUCCCGCCAUGGGUAGAGAAACUUUGCGGGAAACGGAGUUGGCCAACGGUCUCAUCUUGCCGAAGGGUACCCAGAUUGCUGUUCAUGUCUUCGACAUCCAUCGCAAUCCCGAGUACUGGGAUUCCCCUGAAGAGUUCCGGCCGGAGAGAUUCCUACCCGAAAACUCGCAGAACCGUCACACCUACGCCUAUAUUCCAUUUAGUGCUGGUCAGAGAAAUUGCAUAGGUCAAAAAUUUGCUAUGCAGGAGAUGAAGACCCUAAUGGUGGCCGUACUAAAGCAGUUCGAAAUUCUGCCGGAAAUUGAUCCAAAGAGUAUUGUGUUUCAGACUGGCUUAACACUGCGGACCCAGAACCAAAUUCACGUGAAGCUCUUGAGGAGAAAAUGAAGCAGCUUUAAAGGAAAGGAUUUAUUCACGGUACUCUGUUAGUCAUAAAGAGCAAUGAACAAUAGUUUCACCCAAA